AUGGGUUCUCUUGAAAGCGUGCCGUCGCCGAAAAGGGAUCACCAUUUGCUGCGUUCUUCUUCGUCCCUUAGGAACAGCAACAGUAGUUUCAACAGCAGCAGCAGGAGCAGCAGAUCAAGAUUUGCCAGAUUUGUGCUUUGCAAGAAGAUUGACUACCUGCAGUUGAUUUGUGGAGUGGCCGUGUUUUUCUUCUUUGUUUUCCUCUUCCAGAUUUUGCACCUGCCUGGCUCCGUGACGGAGGACGGAGAUAACUCUGGCAAAUUCAAAGGAACCCAUGACUUCAUAUCGGGGGAUGAUGAGGAGAAUCUUGCGGACUUGACAUUCUUAAAAGAGUUGGACUUUGGUGAGGAUUUGAAGUUUGAGCCUUUGAAAAUCAUGGAGAAGUUUCAUAAGGGUGCUAAUGUAGUGAGAGAAAGUGUCGGGGCAGAGAAGGCUGUGAGAUUUGGGUAUAGGAAACCAAAGCUUGCCUUGGUAUUCUCGGAUCUGUGGAUCGAUCAACAUCAGAUACUUAUGGUGACAGUUGCUAGAGCAUUGCUGGAAAUCGGAUAUGAAAUUGAGGUUAUUUCACGCGAAAAGGGCCCAGCAUACGCUAUAUGGAGAGAGAUUGGAGUUCCACUGAUUGUCAACAUGGGUUAUGAGAACUCUAACUGCAGUGUGGAUUGGCUAAACUAUGAUGGUGUCCUCGUGAAUUCUCUUGAUGCUGCUGGAUUCUUGUCUUGUCUCAUGCAGGAACCUUUUAAAAACGUCCCGCUUUUGUGGACCAUCCAUGAACACACACUUGCUACUCGAUUGAGACAUUAUGUUUUGAGUGGUCAAAAUGAAAUGGUCAAUACCUGGAGCAAGGUCUUCUCGAGGGCCACUGUUAUUAUCUUCCCGAACUAUGUUCUGCCGAUAGCUUAUUCGACUUGCGACCCUGGGAACUACUUUGUCAUCCAGGGCUCCCCCGAAGAAGCUUGGAGAGCUGAUAAGCAAAUUGUUUCAAUGAAAGAUAGUUCGGGUCUGGAAAAAAUGAAGUACGAACCCAAUGAUAUUGUUAUUGCAAUUGUGGGGAGCCAGUUAUCAUAUAAAGGCAUGUGGCUCGAGCAUGCCUUUGUCUUACAAGCUUUGCAUCCGCUUUUUACGGACUUACGGGACUCGAGUUCCCGUCUUAAAAUCACUGUCUCGACUGGAGAUUCGACUGGUAACUACAGCAAAAUCGUGGAGACUUUAUCUCUGAAAAUGGGAUAUCCAAAGGAAACAGUGAUGCAUGUUCCUGUUAAUGAAAACACCGAUACUGUUAUACGAACUGCACAUCUUGUGAUAUACGGAUCGUUUCUUGAUGAUCACUCUUUUCCCAACAUUUUACUGAAAGCCAUGUGCCUGGGCAAGCCUAUAAUAGCACCGGAUCUACCAACAAUAAGAAAAUAUGUCAGUGAUAAGGUAAAUGGCUAUAUUUUCCCAAAGGACGACACGAGUUUUCUCACUCAGAUUGCAUUUCAAGCCGUCUCAAACGGAAAGCUCUCUCUCUUAUCCACCAAUAUAGCAUCAAUGGGGAAAAGUACAGCUAAGAACCUGAUGGCCUCCGAAAGUGUUGAAGGAUACGCAUCCCUACUCGAAAACAUUCUCUCUCUACCCUCUGAGGUUGCUGUUCCCAAAGCUCCCAACAAUAUUCCUAAAAAGCUGAAAGCCGAAUGGCAGUGGCAUCUUUUUGAUGCAAUCGGAGGUAAUGAUUCUCUUUAUCGAGACGGGACCGAAAUUUUGGAUAGAAUCGAGAAGCAAUUCAACAAUUCUGGUAGAGAGAAUGUGGUGGCUUCCGGUGAGGCGUUCUCGUACGCGAUAUGGGAAGAGCAAAAGUAUAUAGAUACGAUCACAAUGCGAAAGAGGAGAGAGGAUGAAGAGUUGAAGGAUAGGACAGAUCAACCACGGGGAACGUGGGAUGAUGUGUAUAGAAAUGCCAGGAGGGCAGAUCGGUCAUUACACGAAAGAGAUGAGGGAGAACUUGAAAGAACUGGUCAACCAUUGUGUAUCUACGAACCUUACUUUGGAGUUGGGACAUGGCCCUUUUUGCACCAUACUUCACUAUAUAGAGGGCUUGGGCUGUCUACAAAAGGUCGAAGGCAAGGGGCUGAUGAUAUUGAUGCUCCUUCACGUCUCCCUCUAUUGAACAAUGCUUACUAUCGAGAGGUCUUGGGAGAAUAUGGUGCAUUUUUCGCAAUCGCUAACCGUGUCGACCGCAUUCACAAGAAUGCUUGGAUAGGAUUUCAAUCUUGGAGAGCUACUGCAAGAAUGAAAUCUUUGUCCAAAACUGCUGAAAGAUCAUUGUUGGAUGCUAUCGAAGCACGAAGGCAUGGGGACACAUUGUACUUCUGGGCUCGUUUUGACAUGGAUCAGAGAAACCCUUUAAAACAGGAGUUUUGGUCAUUUUGUGAUGCUAUUAAUGCUGGGAAUUGUCGGUUUGUGUUUACUGAGGCUCUAAAGCAGAUGUACGGCAUAAAGCAUAACUUGACUUCUCUUCCAUCAAUGCCUUCUGAAGGAGGCACUUGGUCUGUCAUGCACUCCUGGGUUUUACCGACUAAGUCCUUCAUGGAGUUUGUUAUGUUUUCAAGAAUGUUUGUGGAUGCACUCGAUGCAAAAUUCUAUGACGAUCACCAGAAAAACGGGCGAUGUCCUCUCAGUUUAUCCAAGGACAAGCAUUGUUACUCUCGUUUGCUGGAGCUUCUCGUGAAUGUCUGGGCAUACCAUAGCGCAAGACGGAUGGUUUAUGUUGACCCCGAGACAGGUCUCAUGCAAGAACAGCACAACCUUAAAGGUCGAAAAGGUCAAAUGUGGGUCAAAUGGUUCCAGUUCUCCACCCUCAAGACCAUGGAUGAGGAUUUAGCCGAGGAGUUCGACUCUGACCGCCCGAAAAGGCAUUGGCUCUGGCCGUCGACUGGUGAAAUAUUCUGGCAAGGGAUUUACGAAAAGGAGAGGAAUAUGAGAAAUAAAGAGAAGGAAAAGAAAAGACAACGCAGCAAAGAUAAAAUCCAACGGAUUAGGAAACGAACGCAUCAAAGGGUGCUCGGGAAGUACGUGAAGCCGCUCCCGACCGAGGAGUCAAAUUCUACGAAUCUCGAGUCCAAGAUUUUGAGGUAG